GCCAUUUUGUACUGCUGCGCCGGGUAUUUAUCAUAAGAGUCGUGACUAUCCCGUUUACACUGCUAGUUAGGUGUUGAGACGGUUCCUGCUAUACUCGGUUUCUCAUUUCAAGCCUGUGGCCUUCGUUAGGUUUCGCGAAGUGCGAUUUUAAGAGUCGACAUUCCUAAUUAAUUUUGUAUAUUUAGAUUAUUUUUAUAUUGUGUGAGAAAGAAUGUCGGCCGAAGCUCCCGAAUACUCUCCGUUCUUCGCAGUGAUGGGUGCCUCUGCGGCUAUGGUGUUUAGCGCCUUGGGAGCAGCCUAUGGCACAGCCAAGAGCGGUACAGGGAUAGCCGCCAUGUCCGUGAUGAGGCCGGAGCUCAUCAUGAAGUCCAUCAUCCCAGUGGUCAUGGCGGGUAUCAUAGCCAUCUACGGCCUGGUAGUAGCAGUGCUGAUUGCCAACAACAUCUCAGAGAAGGUCACCCUUUACAAGAGUUUCCUCCAUCUGGGAGCUGGGCUGAGCGUGGGCCUCAGUGGGCUGGCAGCAGGCUUCGCAAUUGGCAUUGUGGGCGACGCAGGCGUGAGGGGCACAGCUCAACAGCCGAGGCUUUUUGUGGGCAUGAUCCUCAUCUUGAUUUUCGCUGAGGUCUUGGGUCUCUACGGGCUUAUUGUUGCCCUCAUUCUCUCCACGAAAUAAACACCCAAACAUCUCCACGUCAAGAUCUGUCCUUUAUGUUGCUGCUGGAGAAAAAAAUGUCUGCCACUCAAGAUGAAAGAAGUGAAGGCGGGGGAAAAAAAUGAAUUAAAAUGGCUCCAUAAAUAUGGUCUUAUCUCAACAAUGUGUACAGUUGUCCCAAUUUGAUAGUCAACUUGUAAAUGCGCAAUGUAGUGAUCUGUCUGUCUCGUGUGCGUGCGUGUGUGUUUCAAAAUUGUAUGACGAAGAUUCCUUUUUUUUUCCCUCCUCUUAUUUCAGGCCUUGAGGCCAGCUGAGGCAGCUUGGCCUCCGGUCUUAGAGCUGACCAAAGGGCCGCACAGCUUUUUCUCCCCCCAUAUCGACUUGGGAGUUGACACAAUUUCUGCAUUAAUCUUGAGAAUCUAUUUGUAAAGAAAGAUGUAUAUGGACUUACGAUUUUUUUUUUUUUUUUUCACUGAUUUUAUUUAUGAGAAAUUGUUCAUUGAACUGUUCAAUGCAGCAAAAGUCUUUAAUUCCCCAGGUUAUAUUAUACAUAUAUACAGACAUACAUCUAUAUAUCUACAUAGAUUGAUUUAAUGCACUGUGGGUUAAUUGUGAUAAGUGGUUGGAAUUCCUCUGGAUGUAAUUCUUGGUUUAAAAGUAAGAUUGCCUUUAGUAUGUUGCUGGUGAAGUGGGAGUUUUGUGUGUAGCUGUAUUCUAAUCAUUACGCAAACAUUCUCAAACUUCAGUGUUUUUCCUGUAGUACUGUUUGCAUUAAAGGUGUGUGUGUGCCCUGUAUUGGGUCUCACAAGUGUAAUUUCCAAAUUUCAUCUCCAUCUUAUUCACUCCCCCCCUCCCCUCCCAUCUGUGGCUGUACUUCCACAUUCCAGUCAUUAAGGUCCUGCAUGGGUUUCAGUGUUUUGUUGCUGUUGGAUAUGAAGCUGAAGAGCUGGCUAGUUUCAGAAGACUUAAACCAGAUCAAAAUUUCACGUAUGGGUCCUCCAAAAAAAUGUUGAGUUGAUUGCUACUGCUUGUAGCAUGCAGCAGGAAUCCAGUGAGAUUAGUGUUUGGCCUAGUUACAUGCAAGGACCAGUCCUCUUUGAUCUGGGGUUUGUUUUCUGAAAAUGGAACUGCUGCUGACGCAUUUACUAAAGCGCCAAUCUACAAUCCUGUAUUACCACUGAUACUGAAGUUAUCCUGAUGUGUCGACAUGUGUGUCACAAUCGAAUUAAAGAAGAUUCCAACUUA